AUGAUUCAGCAGGUGACAAUCGGCGGACGAACCUAUUCAAUCUCAGAAACAUUAUGCAGUGCUGAGCUAGCUCCGAUUUUUGAGGAUGCGUGGACGUCCUCGCGCGUUUGGGAAGCUAGUCGGUUCCUGGCAGAGCGCCUUACUGUCUUUGCGUCAACGUUAGUUGCCAAUUUUAAUGUCUGCGCCGGAAAAUCGGUACUGGAGCUGGGCAGUGGAUGUGGCCUUGUUGGCCUCGUGGCGGCUUCGCUGGGGGCUAAUGUUUUGCUUACGGAUCAGGCGCAAGCGCUAGAGCUACUGAAGCGCAACAUUCAGGCUAAUGUAAAGUCUGAGAACGAGCGAGAGCGUCUACAUGUAGCUGAAUAUAUCUGGGGUUCUGAACAGGCGCUGCCUCACAACUGUUUCGACUACAUCCUUGUGUCAGAUUGCAUAAACCCCAUCUAUGGCCGAGAGAGCUGGAGGAACCUUGCGAACAGUAUUUGUAAGUUCAGCAAUUGUAAGACGACGACCUAUCUAGCACAUGAAGCUAGAGGGGAUGACGAAGCAAUGACAGAUUUUUUGGCUUUUAGCGCGGAUAUGUUGCAGUGUAAACAAAUUGAUCGACAAGACGGCUAUUUUUUUGUCGAUUUUGGAUAUCACGUGAAAUGCUAUUAUCCUUCAUCGGGAUGUUAA